AUGCGUUUGCUGUUGAAACAACUGUCAAUUUUUAAAAUAUUUGAAGAUUCAAAUAAAUCUAUACGUGAUCUCGAGAAAGAAUCAAUACACUAUGCAUGGUAUCAGCUAUUACGUGAUUCAUUAUUAAUGAUAGAACUGGAAACAGCGAAAAAACAACUAGUAGAAUAUUGUCGUCCGUUUUACGAAAAUGAUCCAACCACUUUGAAGCAAAUUAAGGAUUUUGAAGAGACGUUUGUACCCUCGGAAGCUGUCCUUUGGUAUACGAAUUGCGGUUUUUUGUUUAAUUUUAUCAAUAAAGCCUUACGAACUGAAGAUAUAGAUGCACUGUUUAAUUUACGUUAUUUUAUAAUAAGCCUUUCUAAACAAUUAAAGCAAUUAUACGAUCAAUAUUGUGAGGACUAUCAGGAUGCAUUGUAUUUAAAAGUAUAUCGUGGAUUUCAGUUACCCGAUGAAGAUAUUCAACGAUUAAAAACUUAUAUCGGUCACUACGUAUCGACGAACGGAUUUCUUUCCACGAGUCUAUCAAUAAACGUGGCAGAGAUGUUCGCAACAAAUGUUUUAUUUGAAAUUACUGUCGAUCCGGCAAGAACGAAUAAAAACUUAACAUUUGCACACAUAGCACAAUUCAGUGUCAAAAAGGAUGAACAAGAAGUUUUAUUCGAUUUGGGUGCAACAUUUAAAAUAACUGAUGUUAAACAUGAGAACGAAAUGUGCAUUGUGUCAAUGGUAGCUGUCACUGAUAUUGAUUUAAUAAACAAUGCUUAUGUCGAUCAUGAACGAGAACAAUUAGCCCGGUACGAUAUUGAAAUCGACAACAAUUUUCGUUGUAUUGUGACUUUUGGUAUGUAUCUCAUUCAAAUGGGUCAAUUCGAUAAGAGUAUUUCAUACUUUCGCAAUUUACUUUUUCGUACAAGACUUUAUGAAUAUGAGCGAUACUUUGUUCUUAAAGGACUCGCUCGAGCAUAUAUGAAAAAUGGAGAACACGAUACAGCAUUAGAGUAUGCAUUUAUUGCGUACAAAAUAAAUAAAUUAAUCGUUCCUGAUGAUACGAAGGAAAUCGAAAUAGAAUUAGGAAAAAUAUACAAUCAUAGAGAAGAAUAUAACAUGGCAUUGCAGCAUCUUGAAGAGGCAUUGAAACAAACCGAUCCAAAUGACUUUGAUACCAUAUCGGCAAUUCAUACAAAUAUGGCACUCGCUCAUUUUUCAAUCAAUAAUUUCAGUAUUGGAUUUGAACUGUGUCAACGAACUCUUCAAAUGUUAUAUGAUUCUUCUCAAUCCGAUCCUACUACGAUAUCUGAUAUAUAUAUGAUUAUGGCCAGAGGUCACUAUCUUGGAAAUUGUUUAGACGCUGCUAUUGAAUAUUGUCAAACAUCAUUGUCGAUUCGAGCAUCGAUUUAUCCAGAUAAUAAUCCAAUUCUAAUUAGAUCUUAUUAUGAGCUUGGUUAUUACUAUGAUGAUAAUGACCAAUAUGAAUUAGCAAUAGAAUAUUUUAGUAAAGCAGUCGAACUUUAUCAAAAAUAUUCGAACGAAAACGAUCUUUUGGAAAUGAAAGCAAUGAUUUUUUCAGAAAUCGCCCGUUGUUAUAUUGGUUUAAAACAGUUUCAGUUGUCAGUAUUUAACUUUGAGAAAGCUCUUGAAAUGCAUUCGAGAAUCAUACCACUGGAUGAAAAAGUGCUCGCUGAAUUGCAUGAAAAAAUAGCAGUAUGUUAUUGGAGUAGGAAAGAAUUUAAAGAAACGAGCCAACAUUAUGAAAUAGCAUUAGAAUUAAAAAAGAAAAUUUUAUCAAGCAAUGAUGAUAUAAUUUCACUUUACAGACGUAUUGGUAUUUGCUAUAAUGAAAUCAAAGAAUAUGCAUUGGGUAGACAAUACUAUCAAAAAGCAUUAAAUUUUCAAAAAGAAAUCGAUACACCUGAUGAAUCGUUAACUGCUGGUUUAUAUAAUUGUUUCGGAUCGAGUUACGAAAGCGAAAAGAACUAUGAUGCUUCUUUAGAGUAUUAUCAUUUAGAAUUAAAUAUAAGAAAAAAAUCGACUAGCGAUCUUUCAGAACUAAUUCAAUCAUAUAGACAAAUUGCUAAAGUAUAUGCAAGCAAAAAGGAUUAUGAUUUAGCUAUAGAAAGUUUAGAACAAGCUCUAAAAAUUCAGGACACAAUUAUUGUUGAUGGUGAUGCGAUAUCGACUGAUAUACAUAUGAAAUUAGCCGUAUAUUACAAAGAGAAGAAGGAAUACAUCGUUGCUAUAAAACAUUAUGAGCAUACAGUGAAUAUUUAUACGAAACUCGACACCAUCAAUAACAAUAUACUACUUAAUCUGUAUGAAGGCUUAGCUAGAUUGUACUAUCAACAAGAAGAUUAUUGUUCAGCCUUGAAGACUAACAAAUUAAUUGAAGAAUUAUUUACGAAAAUGUCAUUCAGUAAUCAUACUAAAAUAGCCGAUUUGUAUAAUAAAAUAAGUAAAAUAUACUGCGAAAGUAAUUGUUAUGAUUGUGCAUUGGAUUAUUCAUAUAAAUCAAUGGAUAUUAUCACAGAGUAUUGUAAUAAUGAGUAUGUUCUAGCUGCAGAAAAUAAUGAAAUAUUAGCAGACAUUUAUCAACGCCAACAAGCUAAUGUAUCAGCAAAGAUGUAUUAUGAAAAAGCAUUAGAAUUAUAUCGAAUCAUUGGCCAGGAUGACGAUGUCAAACGAAUUGAAAACAUUUUGCAGUCGAACUUAGAGUCGAAAGUCGGGAAUUCAUGGAACUUAUGUUCCUUUUUGUAG